AUGGAAGAAGAGAUAGAUCGGAAAUCAAUGGAGUAUGUGAAAACACACAACAUUCCGAUGGAAGACGCCGAAGAGGUGUACUGCCCAAAUCUAGGACGACCAGUUAAUACCGCCGAAGACAAAUGGCGUCUUAUUCCCGCUUUUGUGAAGUCGCGAGGGCUUGUCAGACAACACAUCGACUCGUUUAAUUACUUCAUCGACGAAGAAAUUCGCCAAAUUGUACGAGCGAACGACAAAGUCACUUGUGACGCAGAUUCAAAAUUUUAUUUGAAGUACUUGGACGUCUGGGUUCACCAACCGUGUGUUGAAGAGAAUUACAAGAAAGAGCCAAUAACACCUAUGGAGUGUCGAUUAAGAGAUUUGUCAUAUACAGCGCCGAUCCAAGCUUCAAUAGAGUUCACACGAGACAAGAAAGUGUAUCGAAAGACUGUGACCAUUGGAUAUAUGCCAAUCAUGUUACAAAGCAAACACUGUGUCCUCUACAACAACACUUUUGAUCAGUUUAUGAAACAUGGAGAGUGUCCAAUGGACCCCGGAGGAUACUUUGUUGUGAAAGGAGUUGAGCGAGUUAUUCUCUCUCAAGAACAGAUGUCCAAGAACAGAAUUUUGAUUGAGACAUCUUCGCAAGGGUUUUUGUCUGCUUCUGUGACGUCAGCCACACACGAAGUCAAGUCAAGAACAGUAGUGUAUUUGAAGAGGGGAAAGUUGUAUUUAAAGCACAACAGUUUGACUGAGGACGUUCCUGUAAUGAUCAUCAUCAAAGCUAUGGGGAUGGAGAGUGAUAUGGAAUUUCUUCAAUUCGUUGGGAACAGUUAUACGAGUAAGAUGAUCAAUUCGAUUGAGGAGUGCAAGACAAAGAAUGUUUUAAAUCAGCGCGAGGCUCUUCGAUAUGUCGGGAACCAUUUGAAGAUAUAUACUGGGCAAAAGGGGUAUAUCUCUAAGAGACCCAAAGUCGACGAAGCUCGAGAUGUCUUAGCAAAUUUGAUUCUUCCUCAUAUCGAAGUCCUUAGAUACAACUUUAAGACCAAAAUCAUAUACAUUGCGCUGAUGGUCAGUUGGAUUUUGAAAGCGGAUGAAACAGGAGAGUUGGACGACAAGGACUAUUAUGGUAACAAAAGAAUGGAAUUGGCAGGACAAAUGAUGUCGCUGUUAUUCGAAGAUUUGUUUAAACAAUUUAACACUGAACUGCAGACUAUAGCGACAAAGGAACUCUCGAAGAAGACACGAAGUGAAAGUUUUGACAUUCUAAAGCACAUUUCACCACACAGAAUAACAACUGGACUCAUCCACGCACUUUCCACUGGUAACUGGGUGUUGAAGAGAUUUAAUAUGGACCGCGCCGGAGUGACACAAGUACUAUCUCGAUUGAGUUAUAUCAGUGCAUUGGGUAUGAUGACUCGUCUCAAUUCACACUUUGAAAAAACACGAAAGGUAUCUGGGCCGAGAAGUUUACAAGGGAGUCAAUGGGGUAUGGUGUGUCCUUCAGACACCCCCGAAGGAGAGUCUUGUGGGUUAGUGAAGAACUUUUCGUUGUUAACCGAGGUCACAACAGACUCUGAUGAUCAAGCCAUUAUGACCAUGUUAUUCAAUUUGGGAGUUGAAGACGCCAAUUUGAUUUCUGGGGACGAGUUAAAUAGCGAGAACAGUUACUUAGUCUUUUUGAAUGGACAGUUACUUGGGAUCCACCAAAAUCCCAUUCACUUUUUGAGACAAUGCAGAGUACUGAGAAGACACGGGAGACUUGGGAAGAAAGUGUCGUUGCAUUUGAACGAGACACAGAGGAGUAUAAACAUUUCAUCGGAUGGAGGGAGAGUGUGUCGUCCACUUAUUGUAGUUGAGAAUGCUAAGAGUAAAAUUGGGCCCAAAGAAAUUCGUGAUAUAGUGGAAGGGUUUAAGACAAUUGAGGAUUGUAUCAAAGACGGGAUGAUCGAGUACUUGGACGUGAAUGAAGAGAACAACUCAUACAUUGCGAUAUACGAGAACCAGAUCAACGAACACACCACACAUCUUGAAAUUGAUCCAUUGUCUAUUCUUGGUGUUGUUGCGGGUCUUAUUCCAUAUCCACAUCAUAAUCAAUCUCCACGUAACACAUAUCAAUGUGCUAUGGGUAAGCAGGCUAUAGGGACGAUUGGGUAUAAUCAGUUUAAAAGAAUCGACACCUUGCUGUAUCUGUUGUAUUACCCACAAGUCCCAAUGGUUAGGACAAAAACAAUCGACAUGAUUAAUUUUGACAAAGUGCCUGCUGGAGAGAAUGCUAUGGUUGCUGUGAUGAGUUAUUCGGGAUAUGAUAUUGAAGAUGCCUCGAUACUGAACAAAGCGUCCAUCGACAGGGGCUACCAAAGAUGUUUUGUAUACAGAAAGGCGGAUGUUGUUAUUAAGAAGUAUCGCAAUGGGAUGAGCGAUAGAGUUGUGUGUCCAACUGACGAAGAACGAGCGAUGAAAAAGUACAAAGUACUUGACUUUGAUGGCGUCUGCUCUCCAGGAACUAAACUCAUGCCGGGGAUGAUCUAUUUAAACAAGCAAGCUCCCAACAACACGACCCGACCUAUCACAACAGACGUACCAACCGAUGAAGACUUCAGACGCGAAGCUCUGACAUACAAAGGUUCUGUUCCGAGCUAUGUGGAUAAAGUAUUAAUUACUUCUUCUGAUGAAGAGCCUUUGAAGAUCAAAAUAGGGUUACGGACAUCACGUCGACCAGAGUUGGGGGAUAAGUUUUCGUCAAGACAUGGACAGAAGGGAGUCACUGGACUCAUUGUGAAACAAGAGGACAUGCCUUUUACUGGUGAUGGGAUAUGUCCAGACGUGAUUAUGAAUCCGCAUGGUUUCCCGUCACGUAUGACGGUCGGGAAGAUGUUAGAGUUAGUGAGUGGGAAAGCCGGGUUAAUGGAUGGGACGUUCAAAUAUGGCACUGCAUUUGGUGGCGACAAGUUGGACGACAUGUCGAAGAUUCUAAUUGAGAGUGGGUACUCGUAUGACGGCAAAGAAGUGUUGUAUUCGGGGAUCACUGGAAAGACGUUGAGAGCAUACAUCUUCAUAGGUCCUGUGUAUUAUCAAAAAUUGAAACACAUGGUCUUGGAUAAGAUGCACGCCCGUGCGAGAGGUCCAAAGUCUUCUUUAACGCGACAACCGACAGAAGGAAGAUCGAGAGAUGGUGGGUUAAGACUUGGGGAGAUGGAGAGAGAUUGCUUGAUUGGAUACGGAGCGUCGAAUUUGUUACUUGAACGGUUGAUGUAUUCGUCAGACGCAUUCAAAGUGACGGUGUGUAGAAAGUGCGGAUUGAUGGGAUAUUGUGGGUACUGCAAGUACUGUCAGUCGUCUUUGAAUUGCUCGACAAUCACUAUGCCUUAUGCGUGCAAACUCCUUUUCCAAGAAAUGCAGUCAAUGAAUGUCGUGCCAAGAUUGUCCUUUAGGAAUGUCUGA